AGCGGAAGUGACGUUUUGUAUUGAACUGUUGGAAAGAACUGGUUGUUAUGUUUUAUAGUAACCGGGUUUAUACGGAGUAUGAGGCAGCGGGAGGACAGUGAAAGGUGACGGGACGUGUGGUCUGCCAAUGGAGUGCUGACAGGGGGAGACGUAUAAUGUGUACCAGAGAACCAGAGGGAUUCCAACUGCUGGAGAGAACACUGGUGUGUGAUUAAAGGCCUCAUUAUUAGGAAGAAAAGAGAAAAAAAUGACCACAUCUACAAUGGAUUGGAAGAAAAGUCUAAAAGAAAAACUGGAACGGGAUAACAAAGCUAGAAGAAGUGAGGAGGAGAUGAAGGAUGAAGAAAUGGCCCUGUUUACUAAAUUUUACUCUGAGUGGAAAGGAUGCCAGAAGGGGUCAAAUUCCCAGAACAUCCCUCGAUUCUACUACAGGUUACCAGCAGAAGAUGAGGUGUUACAGCAGAAGCUACGAGAAGAGUCACGAGCUGUAUUUCUGCAGAGGAAGAGUCGAGAAUUGCUAGAUAAUGAGGAGCUACAGAAUCUGUGGUUUCUUUUGGACAAGCAUCAAUCACCUCCUAUGAUUGGUGAUGAAGCCAUGAUUAACUAUACCAACUUCCAGACCGUAGGGGAAAAGGCUGGACAAAAAUGCAGACCAUUUUUUACUGCGAAAGUAUUCAGCAAACUUGUGCACAAUGAUCCAUAUGGAAGAAUUUCCAUUAUGCAGUUUUUCAACUAUGUAAUGAGAAAGGUGUGGCUACACCAGACAAGGAUAGGUUUAAGCUUGUAUGAUGUGGCUGGACAAGGCUAUCUCCGAGAGUCAGACUUGGAGAAUUACAUCCUUGAGCUUAUUCCAACUCUGCCUCAGUUGGACGGCUUGGAGAAAUCGUUUUAUUCUUUCUAUGUUUGUACAGCUGUCCGGAAGUUCUUUUUCUUUCUUGAUCCCCUAAGGACAGGAAAGAUAAAAAUACAAGAUAUAUUGGCCUGUAGCUUUUUGGAUGAUUUACUUGAGCUGCGGGAUGAAGAACUUUCUAAAGAAACUCAAGAGUCCAAUUGGUUUUCUGCUCCUUCUGCAUUAAGAGUCUAUGGUCAGUAUCUUAAUCUUGAUAAAGAUCAUAAUGGGAUGCUAAGCAAGGAGGAACUGUCCCGUUAUGGUACCGGGACCUUGACCAGUGUAUUCUUAGAUCGAGUCUUCCAGGAAUGUCUGACAUAUGAUGGGGAGAUGGAUUACAAGACAUACUUGGACUUUGUCUUGGCAUUGGAGAACAGGAAGGAGCCGGCAGCCCUGCAAUACAUAUUCAAACUUCUUGACAUCGAGAACAGAGGCUACCUGAAUGUCUUUUCUCUUAACUACUUCUUCAGAGCAAUUCAAGAACAAAUGAAGAUUCAUGGCCAGGAUCCAGUAACUUUUCAGGAUGUAAAGGAUGAAAUCUUUGACAUGGUUAAACCAAAGGAUCCUUUACGUAUCACUCUUCAGGAUCUCAUCCAGAGCAGCCAAGGAGAUACCGUGUGUAGUAUUCUCAUUGAUCUGAAUGGCUUCUGGACCUAUGAAAAUCGGGAGGUGCUGGUAGCUGCUGACGGAGAGAGCCCUGCAGACAUUGAUGAUACAUAAUAAACUAUUGAAGGGCUAUUUCUGUGACUUGGUUCAGAGGUAACCUACAUUGUCCUAUGGAUGGAAUGGUUUUAAUGAACUCGGAGCUGGAAACAUAGAAUGCAAUUUAAAGAAUGGCAACAGCAAUUUAAUAUUUCUUAUAUGAAUCUAUAGGGGACUUGUCAAUCCACCUCUUAUCUGUGUAGAGAAGGCUCCACUGCAAUGCUUGCAGCUGCAGUGAUUUUCACUACCAGGAUGAGUACUAGUUCCAGGAUAAGCACAUCACUUUGUGUUAAAGUAAGGUCGCCAUCAGAACAAUAGGAAGGGCUUUCUUUGAUAACCUCUUGAAAAUGCUAGUUGUCUGGUUGUGAUGCUGGCUCUCUGGCGUCACCACUUUGGGGGGGGGGGGGGGGGAGAGAGAAAUGUGCACAGAUUCGCACCUGUAAAAUGCAGAUCUCUGCAAAGGGCACAUAGAAAAACUGUGCCACUUUCACACCACAAAGCUAUUGUGAUAUGCAAUGUGGAGAAUUGUAGACAUGCUGCAUUUUCCACAGUACACUGGAUGGCACCAGAGGUUACCACAUAGCACUGGGCUGGAGACCUGAAUAGAAAUUUUACAUUUUCAAUAAAGU